UCGGAGAGACCUCUUCGGGUAAGAGUGCUAUAGGAACUGCUGUACUCCUCUCUAAUACAACAAUUGCGGCUAGCGGGGCCGUCUCCGAGAUCGCACGUGCCCGAAAUGCUGCCAUUGAGCGUGGCGAGCGUCUGGCUCAGCUUGAUCUACAGACCCAAGAAAUGGCUGAGCAAGCUAGGACUUUCGGCAAGACGGCCAGUCAGUUGGCCAGCAAAUUUGAGAAACGCAACAAACGUCUGGGCAUGCUGUUUUGAGAGACAUUCCGUAUCACUCUUGGCCGUCCUCAUUCUCAUAAACUCGCCAUUUACAAGCUCCCGCUUGUUCAAAAUUUCACCCUUACUUUUCUGA